CGUGCCUCGACUUGCGAUUUUUCCCGGUGGUCCCUGAAGGCAGCCGCGAGAGGAAGGAAGGAACCCUGGCAACGCUGUCACAAAGCUAAACGUUAUCCGCGUUCCUGCUAAACCCUCAACAUGCACGCACACGUUCACCGGGGCUCUCCGACGUUUAAUAUCCACUCCACAGCUUCUUGUUAACGAAUUUACAAUGGCGUUUUUUAACGAGCCGAGCUAGCGGACGGGUUUUUUUGUGUGUAUGUGUGUGUGUUUUUCCGUGGUAGCACACAAUCAGUUGAGCGGCUAACCUAGAACGAGUUGUUUUGUUAGCUCGGUUGAACAUGGCGAUCGUGUCUGGCUCCUGCGCCCGGGUGAACGGGUCCAGAAACGGGCCCUCCGCCUCGGCGGCGACGGCGACGGCCACGCCGUCCGGGUCCGGGGGACAAGCGCAGCCCAUGAUCGCGGUGUGGGAGUGGCAGGACGACCUGGGCUACUGGCGGCCUUACAGCGGCCAAGUGAGCGCGCACAUCGAGCGGUGUUUGGCACCGCGGGGCCCGAGAGGAGGAGGAGGAGGACCCGGCUCUACGAGCAUCUGCCUCGGACAAUCGGACCCCAGUCUGUCGCCUUAUCUCAUUGACAUACCGAGCUUGAAACAGUUUCGGCAGGACACGGGAAAGACCCGGUCAGUACGUCGGUCCCUGUUCGCCCAGUCCUCGGGCCUCGGCAGUGGCGUUUACUGGGAGUGGCUCAACGAUGAAGGAGGGUGGACUCCGUAUGAGACUCGGACCUCUAUCCUUCUGGAGCACAGCUACCAGGCCCGCCAGGGCACGGCGGACUUGGGCCCGCAUGGAUACAAUUACAUCGUGGACCUCACGUCUCUAGCCCAGGUGAACAAAGGGACGGGCUUCAGGCGGCAGGUUCGACGGCAGUGCAACCAACCCUACCCGCUGGCCUCCUUGGGCCCCCCAGCCAUCCCCUCGGGCCCCGCCUGCUCCUGCCAGCAGUGUUUGAGCCACAGCAGCACAGGACCCAUGCCCAGUCGCUCACGGCAUUCCUUUUCGUCGGGCAGUCUGAACCGGCCCAGUCUUCAAGUGACGGGGAGGGCCGCCGUGGCUCACCCCACCUCUGUCUACUCGCCAUACCCGAGGAGACCCCUCUCUGUGGGGGGGAUGUCCUGGGGCAGCCCCUGGCCUCCACCGCCCUCUGGAAGUCAACUGUCUCCGCCGCUCCCGACCAGCUCUACCAGUGCCAACGGGCUGAGUGUCCCUUCCAUCUCUGUGCAGCUGAAUGGAUCCACCAGCGUAAGCUCUGCCCUGGCAGGCAUGGCCUCCAUUUUGAUGUCAGCGGUGGGACUCGGCGUGCACUUCACCACUGCCCCCCUCCCUCAGCAGCAGCCGCCUCAGCAGCAGCUUCAGCAGCUUCAGCAGCUUCAGCAGCCUCAGCAGCCUGCUCCCUUCUCGCUUCCUCCGCCUCUCCUCCCCCCGGCCAGCAGGCCCAGCAAGCCCCACAGCAGCAGCAGCAGCAGCAGCAGCAGUUCAGUUAGGAGAGCAAAGAGGCAGCACAGGAGAGCCUCGGCUCAGAGACCCGAGGACGUGAUCCAGCGCUACAUGGAGGUCGUUGCCGGCGUGCAGGACGAGGACUGCAUCAUCUGCAUGGAUCAACUGUCCAACCCGUCCGGCUACGAGACCCAGUCCACGCAGGAGGGGGGGCCGAGCGCCCUGCCAGACACCGUGGGGAAGUUCAUCAAGUGUGGACACACGCUGCACAUGCGCUGCAUGCUGGCCAUGUACAACAACGGAACCAAGGACGGCAGCCUGCAGUGCCCCUCGUGUAAGACGAUCUACGGAGAGAAGACGGGCGCCCAGCCCAAAGGCAAGAUGGAGAUCUACAGCAUCGCCCAGUCGCUACCCGGACACCCGGACUGCGGCACCAUCCAGAUCAUCUACAGCAUACCGCCCGGCCUGCAGGGCUCGGAGCAUCCCAACCCAGGACAGCCGUACAGCUGUCGAGGUUUCCCUCGCUUCUGUUUUCUACCCGACAACGACAAGGGCAGGAAGGUGCUGGAGCUGCUGAAGGUGGCGUGGAUGCGGCGCCUCAUCUUCACGGUGGGGACGUCCAGCACCACCGGGGAGCCCGACACGGUGGUGUGGAACGGCGUCCACCACAAGACGGAGAUGAUGUCCAACAUGUCGGGCCACGGCUACCCGGACCCCAACUACCUGGACAACGUCCUGUCCGAGCUGGCGUCUCAGGGCGUGACGGAGGACUGCUUCAAGCCACCGGGCGGCGGCAGCUAGGUCAGCUAGGUCAGCUAGGUCAGCUAGGUCAGAGUUCGAAUCCACCUCUUCUGCAACCCGUCUUGUUCUCGAGUUAAUUAUUCGGAAUCCCCCCCCCCCCCCCCUCCCCCCCCCCCUCCCCCCCCCUCCCCCGCACCUCGUAGCGCGCGAGACGCCAGCUGAACAGACAUGACGACUGCGUCGGCGCUUUUAUUCUCCACGACAUUCCUGCUCGCCACGUCUUCCUGGAGGCUGAACUUCAUCCCUCUGAGCCUCUUUUACCUUUUCUGGAGUGUGUGUGCGUGCGUGUGUGUGUGUGUGUGUGUGCGCAUGUGUGUUGGUUUCCAGCCUCAUCUGUAUCAUCUGCUCACAUUGGGGAUAACACAAAUCUCUCAUUAAGCACUUUAGUUCUGACGGUGCGUUUAGGGAGACGUGGGAUUUUUAACCCUCUGAACCCCAAGCAGUUUCGGCGAGCGGGGGGGGGGGGGGCGUCGGGGUGUGUGGGGGGGGGGGGGGGGUGGUCCCAGUCCCGGUCACCUUUUUGACCUUUUUUUCACUGCAAUAUAUAAAAAGUCCUGCACUUCUGUGGAAACGGAAAACAAAACACACAAAAAAGAAAACGCACAUUGAAAAAUUAGAGAAACACUGGAAUCCAAACACACACACAUACACACGAGUUGUUUACAACAAAGAAUAAAUAAAUAAAGAAAGAAAGAAAGAAAGGAGGUAUCCGUGGACCUGUUUACGUCUCACGGCCUCUCAAGCGUCACUGAAUCGUGGUCACGUGACUGCCGGUCUCAGCCGAAUCAAUCACGGCGUCCACGUCGCGCAGCAGCUCAGAACUUUAUGUUGUUGUUUUUGUUUACAGCAUCUGGUUCAGAGCGAACGGAAUGAGAGAACAUGUAGAAUAAAAAGUUUUUUUGGUUGAAAUA